ACAAUGUCGUGGCGGAUGUGGAGGGGAUCCACUUGUUGCUCUCUGCCCCAGGAAGUGGAACUAGGCCGGGACUUGACUGAACUAUCUGGGAGCUACUAUGGAGCCUGGAGUGCAACGCUUGUUUACCGCUCAACUUCUAGUGUGUGAAAUUUAGUUCAUUUAGAUGGCUUUUCUCUCAACGCGGAGCUCGCAUCAUAUCCGCGUUCUCGACUAGUUUCUUGCUGGCCUAAAAGCCGAAGCAAAAUCGGAACCUAAACCACAAAACGUCUGGCUGUGGAUACGAGUAUUCCCUGGAACUGGAGUCACUUCUAGCACUACCAAAUGCAUGGCCAUUUAGCUACUUGUCUGCCUGUGGAUUAUGAUUCCGAUGUCUGAUUGCCCUCAUAAUAGCGCAGUAUCUGGAGAGACAGACGGCGGCAAGUUUAAUCUAACGGGAGUGAAAAAGUCUCUUCUAUUGUGGGAUUGUGAAACAUGCCCUUGCCAUUUGGCUUAAAACUCAAAAGGACCCGAAGGUAUAAUGUUUCCAGCAAGAGUUGUCUCGUCACUCGGAUUCAGCUGCUCAAUAGAGAGUUUGUUGAGUUUACACUUUCUGUGGAGAGUACUGGACAGGAAUGUUUGGAGGCCGUUGCACAGAGACUGGAGUUAAGAGAGAUAACAUUCUUCAGCCUUUGGUACUACAACAAGCAGAACCAGCAAAGAUGGAUUGACCUGGAGAAACCAUUGAAGAAGCAGCUGGACAAGUAUGGCCUGGAGCCCACUGUUUACUUUGGAGUGGUGUUUUACGUGCCCAGUGUGGGGCAGCUCCAGCAGGAGAUCACAAGAUAUCAGUAUUACCUACAGCUAAAGAAAGAUGUUCUGGAGGGAAGAAUCCCAUGCUCAAUUGAACAAGCUAUUCGUUUGGCUGGAUUGGCCGUUCAAGCUGACUUUGGAGACUUCAACAGAUAUGAUUCUCAGGAGUUCCUCCAGAAGUUUGUGCUGUUCCCAAUUGGCUGGAUCCAGGAUGAGCGCGUACUGGAAGAGGCAACCCAGAAGGUGGCUCUUCUCUACCAGAGCUACCGGGGACUGCCUGCCCCAGAGGCAGAGAUGCUGUACAUGCAGGAAGUGGAGAAAAUGGAGGGCUAUGGCCAGGAGAGCUAUCAGGCCAAGGAUGGCACAGGAACAGACAUCGUCCUCGGAGCUUGUCUGGACGGCAUCUUUGUCAAGCACAAAAAUGGCAGGCCACCAAUUGUAUUUAAGUGGAAUGAAAUUAACAACAUGAGUCACAACAAGUCCUUCUUCGCACUGGAGCUAGCAAACAAAGAGGAAAGCGUUCAGUUUCAGACCGAAGACAUGGAAACCUCCAAAUACGUCUGCCGGAUGUGUCUGGCCAGACACAAGUUCUAUAAGAUUAACAAGAGUAGCCUAGGGGAGUGUGAAUCCCCGCCUUCCCAGGCCUCCCAGAAGUCCAUACUCACUCUUUCCUUCCCUCGCUUUCCAAUGCUCUCUCGUCCCUCUCUGCCUUCUAAUAAGGGUCAAUCCCAACCGACCGUUGUUAACCCGGUCAGACGAAGAUCGUCGACCCGGAUGUCUCUGCCAAAGCCACCAUUCAUGAUGCCCCCGCCUCAAAUGCACUACCACUCAAACGGUCACUUCACGGAGCCUUACACAACGUCCCAAGACAACCUGUACAUGAACAACCAGAACGGCUACUACUACCACUCGCAGACCAGCCUGGACCGCUCCCCGCUGGAGUACGGCAGCGGGGGGCGCCUGCGCAACGGCAGCGUGUACAGCGCCCACAGCACCAGCUCCCUCACCAACCCGCAGCACUACAUGCAGCCCUCGCCCAUGUCCUCCAACCCCUCCAUCACGGGCAGCGACGUCACGCGGCCCGACUACGUGCCGUCGCACCGGCACAGCGCGCUCAUCCCGCCCUCGUACCGCGCCACGCCCGACUACGAGACGGUGAUGCGGCAGAAGACCCGGGGCCCCGGGGCCGUGGUGCUGGCGCCGGAGCACCGCCAGAGCCACUCCAUGCGGAACCUCAACAUCGGCAACUCGUACGCCUACAGCCGGCCCGACCCGCUGGUGUACAGCCAGCCGGAGAUCCGGGUGGAGCACGGCGGCGGCGGCGGCGGCCACCUCCAGCACUACCCCUUCCACCUCAACUCCAGCUUCCACAGCCCCUCGCCGUACCCGUACCCCGCCGACCGGCGGCCCGUGGUGGGCGCCGUCAGCGUGCCGGAGCUCACCAACGUCCAGCUGCAGCAGGCCCAGGAGUACCCGGCGCCCAACAUCAUGCGGACGCAGGUGUACCGCCCGCCGCCGCCCUACCCCUACGCCCACCCGCGGCCCGCCAACAGCACGCCGGACCUCUCCCGCCACCUGUACGUCAGCAGCAGCAACCCGGACCUGAUCGUGACGCGCCGCGUGCACCACUCGGUGCAGACCUUCCAGGAGGACAGCCUGCCCGUGGCCCACUCCCUCCAGGAGGUGUCGGAGCCGCUGCUCCAGACGGGGCCCACGCAGCGCUACCCGCACGGCGCCCACAAGCGCAACUCCAUCGAGAUCGCCGGCCUGGGCUACAGCCUGGAGGGCCUCCGGGUCAAAGAGAGAGCCGCGUCCUCGUCGGCCGCCGACAUCGCCACGCCGCCUGCCGCCGCCCGCGGCCAGCCCUCGCAGGGCUCCCAGCUCAACGUGUUCCUGGAACGCACCAAGACGGACGACGGGGCGGGCCCGAAGGGGGACGCGCACUACGGACACAAGAAGUCCCUCUCGGACGCCACCAUGCUGGUGCACAGCAGCGGCGAGGAGGAGGAGUUUGAGGAGGACGCCGGGCGCCGUACGCCGCUUUCCCAGGACGCGCUGGCGUCCGUGUUGCCCGAGCAACGUCCGCGGCGCAGCCUGACGUCCCUCUGCUCUCUGACGGCUCACGAGCAGACCCCCCCGGAGCCGCCGCCCGCCUACCCCGUGGGCCUCCCGUUGGACCCCGCCCUCGCCGGCGCCCUGGGCUACCAGCCCCACCCUCUGGUGCAGGACCUGGAGCCGCGCUACCUGCUCUCAGAGCUCCGGCAGCCCAGGAUCAUGCCCUCGGUGUCGGAGGGAGACCUGAGCAGUCAGCCCAAGAAGGACUUCAAGAAGAGGCCCGUGUCCGACGUUCCCGCUGCGAAGAAGACCAUUGAAGGGCUGCCACCUCCGGGCUCGAAGCGUGGGACCCGGGCGGAGGUGAAGAAGAUGGGGCCCCUGAAGGUGGCGGCCCUCAACGGUCUGUCGCUGUCGCGGCUGCCCAUGCACGACGAGGGCAAAGACGAGCCCGAGAACGCCUCCAACGACGAGAGGUGUAAGGUCCUGGAGCAGCGCAUGGAGCAGGGCAUGGUGUUCACCGAGUACGAGCAGAUCCCCAAGCGCCGGCCGUCGGGCGACUGCGCCAUCGCCCAGCAGCCCGAGAACGGCGAGAGGAACCGCUUCCAGGACGUGCUGCCCUACGACGACACGCGCGUGGAGCUGGUGCCCACCAAGGAGAACAACACGGGCUACAUCAACGCCUCGCACAUCAGAGUCACUGUGAGCGGCCAUGAGUGGAGCUACAUCGCAUCGCAGGGCCCCCUGUCCAACACCUGCCAGGACUUCUGGCAGAUGGUGUGGGAGCAGGGCGUGUCCAUCAUCGCUAUGGUUACCGCUGAAGAGGAGGGCGGUCGGGAGAAGAGCUUCCGCUACUGGCCGCGGCUGGGCUCGCGCCACAACACGGUGACGUACGGCCGCUUCAAGAUCACCACCCGCUUCCGGACAGACUCGGGAUGCUACGCCACCACCGGCCUCAAGAUCAAACACCUGCUCUCGGGCCACGAGAGGACCAUCUGGCACCUGCAGUACACCGACUGGCCCGACCACGGCUGUCCAGAGGACUUCAAGGGCUUCCUCACCUUCCUGGAGGAGGUCCAGUCCGUGAGGAGGCACACCAACAGCAUCAGUGACCCCAAGAACGCCCACCAGCCAGUGCUGGUGCACUGCAGCGCCGGGGUGGGCCGCACGGGGGUGGUCCUCCUCUCAGAGAUCAUGAUCGCCUGUCUGGAGCACAACGAGAUGUUCGACGUCCCGACGGUCCUGAGCAUGCUCCGUCAGCAGAGGAUGAUGAUGGUGCAGACCAUCUCGCAGUACGUCUUCAUCUACAAGGUGCUCAUCCAGUUCCUGCGCAACUCCAGGCUCAUCUAAACCCCACGUCGUCUUUAAACGAACGAGUGGGCGACCGGGAUCGUGUCCGCGGCCUGCAUCGAAUCGGAACCCCCCCCCCCCCCCCCUCUCCUCUUGAGUAUUAACGGAGGUCAAAGACUUGAAUUAGGAUGAGGAAGCGACAGCCAACCCAAAGGACUCGUAGCCACCGCGCUAUGCCUCGCCCCAUACAGUAUUAUAAUAAUCCACUGUGUUAUUUACCCUACUUUGAAUAAUACAUGAAGCCCAGCACUUUUUUGGUAAAAGCUGUAUAUAUAUAUAGAAGAACUUUGGUCACGCUGCAGUAAAAAAAAACAUUUUAGAUUUUCUUUUUGUAUUCAAAACCAGUGGGUCUUUUUAUAUGAUCCAGCUUUUUGUUUGGUUUUCCGAGAUGAAUGUGUUACUGAAUGAAGGUCAUUAUUUUUUUAUCUGAUCAUGAAGGCGUUAAACAUACCUGGUAUAGAGGAUAUUUUUAUAGAUAUUCUUAGGUCUAUACUGAGUAUAGGGCCCAGAAAUUACAUAUGGACCUGCCACACAGAAGGCUUACUUAUCCCACAACCAUGAAGCUGAAUAUAAUAAUUAUAAUAAAUAUCUUGUUAGUCAGGGAGCUAUGGCGCUGUUUAUCAUAUUCCCUGUGUGUUGCUAUGGACACAAUGCUGUACAGCGCACACAAUAUUGAUGUUUCGGUGGAUUGACAACUCAGUUCUCAGGUGUUAACCAAAGAAUCCUUGUUUAUCCCCCAGUCGCAUUCAUUCACCUGUAACGAGGCUUUACAUGGCUGUCUUAGUAACCUUUCACUGGUAAUAUUUAUUUCUUUGUUUUGUUUCCUUUUGAAAGCAAACAAUGGUGGUUUAGAAGUCUAUUUAACAGGUGUAUCACAAAGGACUGUUUUGUAUUUACUCGAUCCGCACACUCAAAGCAAAUACUUUUGUAAGCAGGCUCGAUGCCCUAGCAAUUUAGUUCAAAACCCACUUUUUUUUUUAACUGUGUGAAUGUCAUCCUAAAAAAUAAGUAAUAUUAUUUUGUAUUCAACAAUCUGACCUUAAAAGUGCGAAGCAGGUUUAUUUGUCAUCGGUAGAUCUGGAAGACAAACAUAUUUAUAACGACUUCACUAAUGUGAGUUGAUCAUGCUGGCAAAUCGGGCUCCCCUAGCCCUCAGUCCAAUAAAUGCUGUACAACAUC